AUGAUUGAGUCGUCCUUGUACUCGAUUGUGUCGGACUAUGAGGAUUGGGAGUAUUUCAUUUGUAUGAUGAGUGCUCUAAAGGGGAGGAAGGGAAUCUUAUGUCUUGGAAUCAAGAGAAUCCAAUCAGACCAUUACUUUAGUGAUAUGUUAGCUGCUGAUGUGAAGAUUCAUGAGGAUUGGUGCUGCUUUGUGAAGCAUAUUUUCCGUGAACAAAAUUGUGCUGCAGAUGCUCUCGCUGUGAAGAGUUAUGAUUUUGCUCUUGGUCUCCAGGUGUUUCUGGAGGCUCCAGCUUUUCUUAGUGAUAUGUUAGCUACUGAUGUUUGA